GUGCUGAACGUGUGGACAUGGCUUUUCAGAAAGCUUUGAGACAUGAAACUUCGAGACCUUGAGACCUCUUUCCAAGGAAAGAGUCCAAAAGAGAAUCUGCACGUUGCAAAGGUUGCGAUUGAAGCGACAUCAUUGACAUGACAUUGCGGAAGCAAACAUGCCGGAAUUCGGGAGACCUUGCUUCCGAUGCAUCUACCGCGUUCAACGUGUACUUUGGACAUGCAAGUUAUAGUAGGACAACAAACUGUGUUUCGCCCAACUUGGGCAGGCGAACCUUUCCUAUACAUCUACACCUUUACAACCUUGCAGGUACUUUGAAUUGCUUCUCAGACGUAGGACUAGUCAUGUCAGACGCAGGAAGCUGUCUGGGUUCUUUAUGCGGAGGCUGCUGCAUCGUGCUGACAACUGCUCCGGCAGCUUGGUGCAGCACAAGUUCGUUCUCCGUAUUGACAUCUAACUAUUGCUGUCGCGGUUGUUGCCGGGAUUCUUUCAAUGAACAUCAUUUUGACGAGCAAAUAAGGAAGGAAAUGGAGCGAACGAAAGACUCCAGCCAGCUCGUCGAAACUCAGCCCGGGCCAUCUGGUAGUAUGACUGCAAACAUGACGGAGAACACGAGUGGGGGCCCUAACCAUUAAUGCUUCACCAGCACCGCAACAAUCAUAACGGAAUUUCUCGCGGAUGCU